AAGUCGAAGGAAAGAAACCAAAAAAAAGCGUCAUGUUGCUUUUUUAAAUCACCGAAAGGGCACAGCCUGCGCGCCCUUAUGCAAAACGCUCGGCGGCGGACAGCUGCAGUGGAGGACCGGCAACGUCAACCUCCUCUUGGACACCAACCACCAACGACGCACGCGCCGUGAUUGAAAGAUGUCGUAUCCAUUUGCAGGCAACCAUUAUGCGCAGCAGUCGGCGCAGGCGAACCCAUAUGGCGGGACGAGUGCUGCGUACUUUCACAGCGAGCCUGCGCACGAUGGGCCGAGCUACGAAUACGAGCCAAGCAUGGUCGCGCGAGAUGCUGCUCGGCGUGACGCCUCGACGGUGGACGCAGACAGGAGCCCCGUGAUCGAGGAUGAGAAGUACGCAUCGAGGGACGAGCUGGGGUCGCAGCCGCCACCGAUGCUGGCGAGCAAUCUGGGCAACAACGAUCCGUACGCCAAGGAGAGCUACGGAGUGCCGUAUGCGGGCAACAGCAUCUGGAGGCCAGAGGACAAGCGGGUCAUGGCGGCCAGGAGCACGCCCGUCAAGAUCCUCCGGUCGCUCUGCUGCGUUCUGGUGCACACGGCCAUUGUCAUCAUCAGCAUCGUCUGCCUCGUCGUCAUCUUUGCUCGGCCGCUCAACGUCGGCAUCAAGAAUGUUGUGACGCCCACCGCGGACUCGGUCGCCGUCACGGGCACGACGCUGUCGAUCAAUGGCUCUGUAGACUUCAUCGUGUCGAACCCCAACUCGAUUUCGGCCAAGCUGGGCCACCUGACGGCCAAGAUUUACGAGUCGGCGGACAAGAGCCAGGACAUUGGACGGGGAGAAAUCACAAACCAGAAGAUCGAGGCCCACCAGAACACGACGGUGCAUUUCCCCUACCAAAUUCGCUACGAUCCGUCCAAAGACUCGAGCAAAGAGAUUCUGAAGGACCUUGCGACAAAGUGUGUAGGCAACCAGGACCUCGAUCUCACCCUGAACAUCGAUGCCUCGUUGACGAUCCUCAGCGUGCCGAUUCCCAUCAACUUUGCCCAUGACAUCAGCUUCCCCUGUCCCAUCGAUGCGUCGGUGCUGCAGCAGAUCGGAGGUGGCGAUCUGCUCCAGGUGGCCUCAGGCCUUGGGCGGCGCUGGUUGCAUGCCCUGGAUGACUUCUGAUCUGACGCGAUUACUAUCAACACACGGACUUUUUAUCUCUCUCUGUUCUCAUCUCGCUCUCUCUCGCCCACUGGAGGAUGCUGUGCCGGUCUCUCCAUCUCAUUAGCUGUAUAGAAGAUCAUAUUUGCCCAAGAAAUCGGCG